CACCGGAUCACCAGGCGGAGCAGCAGGCACCGGGCCACCAGGCGGAGCAGCAGGCACCCGGGCCACCAGGCAGAGCAGCGGGCACCGGGCCACCAGGCGGAGCAGCGGGCACCGGGCCACCAGGAGGGGCGACAGGCAUCGGGCCCCCAGGAGGGGCGGUGGGCGCGGGGCCCCCAGGUGGGGCGGCGGGCGCUGGGCCCCCAGGCGGGGCGGCGGGUCCCCAGGAGGGGCGACGGGCGUCGGGCCCCCAGGAGGGGCGCCGGGCCCCCAGGCGGAGCGGCGGGCGCCGGGCCCCCAGGAGGGGCGGCGGGCGCCGGGCCCCCGGGAGGGGCGACAGGCAUCGGGCCCCCAGGCGGAGCGACAAGCAUCGGGCCCCCAGGCGGAGCGGCAAGCACCGGGCUGGGUAGCAACAUCAUGCUGGGUAGAGCCAUCAGGCUGAAUGGAGGCAUCAGGCUGAAUGGAGGCAUCAGGCUGGGUAGAGGCAUCAGGCUGGGUAGAGGCAUCAGGCUGAAUUGUGGGCUACGAGGCACG